UUAGAAACAAAAAAUAAAGGGGUGAAAUCAAAACCAACGGUGUUGAUAAACUUCAGUGUCUGAUCUGAGUCGUCUCCUAUCUCCUCUUUUCUCCAGCGUCCGAUCCCCUAUCUCCUCCCAAUCCGAUCCUUCAUAUUCUCUCGCGCCCUUUUACAAAUCUCUCCUAAGGGUUUGAAGAUGGCGGCGGAGGCACCACCGAUGAGUCCAGGCCGAGGUAGCCACGAGACUGGUGAGCAGAGCCCCCGCUCCAACUCCAACUCUAAUGUCCGUGAACAAGAUAGGUAUCUUCCGAUUGCUAAUAUUAGCCGGAUCAUGAAGAAGGCUAUUCCUGCUAAUGGAAAGAUCGCCAAAGAUGCCAAGGAGACUGUUCAGGAAUGUGUCUCUGAGUUCAUCAGCUUCAUCACUAGCGAGGCGAGUGACAAGUGCCAAAGAGAGAAGAGAAAGACGCUCAACGGUGAUGAUUUACUGUGGGCCAUGGGGACGUUAGGGUUUGAGGAUUACAUUGAUCCGCUUAAGGUUUACCUGUCUCGAUACAGAGAGAUGGAGGUUGACGCCAAGGGUUCGGUAAAAGGUGGCGAAACGUCUGUUAAGAAAGAUUUUCAAUCGAGUUCAAAUGUCCAGAUUUCUCAUCAAGGAUCUUUCUCACAAGGAGUUGUCUAUGCAAAUUCUCAAUUGCAGGUCCAGCAUAUGAUGGUUCCAAUGCAAGGCGCCGAGUAAAUUUGGACUCUUCAACUGAUGCCAUAAUUUAGAGACGUAUUUAAUAACUUGUUCCAUGCUCAGAACAAAAUAUUAUACCAAGACGUUGCAUCCAUUGCAAACACUAAUAUUAUGGAUGGUUUUGGUUCUCUUGUUGUGUCUACAGUUAGUUUGUUGUAAUGUUUGUAUAAUUAGGGUACCUUUUGCAGUAGGAUGACUGAAGAAACAAUGUAAAUGUCGAGAAUAUUGUUUAAUUAUAUAUUGUGCCUGGACAAUUGUCAAGGAUCA